AUGUCCCGCUCCCGAGAAGGCUACCUCUGGACCCCCAAACAAGCCACCACAGGCCUACCCACCGACGCCGUCCACCCCAGCACCCCCACCCUCCUCACCCACUACGACGUGAUCGUAAUCGGGGCCGGAUUCGCGGGGCUCAUUGCAGCCCGCGACCUAAGCAAGAAGCACAAUCUUUCCGUCCUGCUCCUCGAAGCACGGGACCGCAUCGGCGGCCGAACAUGGACAGCCAAGGUGCUGGGCGAGGAGAUCGAAAUGGGCGGGACCUGGGUCCACUGGAACCAGCCGCAUCUGUAUGCCGAGCUGCAUCGGUACGGGUUGCACCGGAAUCUGAAGACAUCUGCGGGGGCGUUCGCGCCUGUUAAUCAGUGGUUCAAGUCGUCCAGCAGUGGCAUUGUGGAAAAGGUGUCUGUUGAGGAGUAUGGGGCUACGCUUGAGCGGGUUGCAUCGAAAUUCUUCACUAUUGAUGGACUAGAUAGUCGUGCGAUGAUGCCUUAUCCGCAUGAUUCGCUGAGAGAGCCGGCGCCGUGGAAGAGGUAUGAUUGUCUUAGUGUGGGGGAGCGGUUGGAAAGGUCGGAUUUGGAUGGGUUGUCGGUGUGGGAGAAGGAGUUGUUUGCGUCGAAUGUUAGCACGUUUGGGAGUGCGCCGGUGAAGGAUAUUGGGUUUGUGGAGGCGUUGAGGUGGUUUGCGCUGGGAGGGCAUACAAUGGCUGGGGUGUUUGAGUUGGCGGGGGUGUAUAAGUUGGGGAGUGGGGGGAUGACGGCUUUUGCGAGGGCGGUUUUGGGGGAGUUUACUGGUCAUGUUUGCUUUGGGGCGGUUGUUGAGAGGAUUAAUCAUGGUCGUGAGAAGGUGGAGGUUGUUAUGAAGGAUGGGAGGAGGGUUGGGGCUGGGGCGGUGGUGUCGACGAUUCCGCUGUAUGUUUCUUGCCCUAUUGCCCUUUCUCUCAUGCUCUGGAUCUUGACUAACAGGGACAAACGUAGGAAUUGCCUCACUGACAUCCAGUUCAAUCCCCCACUAUCCCCCCUCAGACAAGCAGCCAUCGCAAAGGGCCACAUCAACAAAGGCGCAAAGAUCCACUUUAAGCUUCGCGAAACACUACCGGGCUGGUUAUUCACUGCGCACGAUGGCAGUGACUCGAGCUUUGUCUUUGCGUUCUCAGACCACAACGGAACUCGGCCAACAGGUCCAUCCGGUACCUGGUGUAUUGGGUUCGGAUACAACGGUCUACUUACCGAUAAGCAGGAUAGUAAACAUAUCUUGCAAAGGUUCAAGCAUGAUGUUAACCCGGGUGUUACUGUUGAUGCCUAUGCUACCCAUGACUGGAUGAAUGACCCAUAUGCGAAAGGGGCUUGGGCGUGCUGGGGACCAAAUACUGCGUCAGAGUACUUGGAGGAGCUUCAGAAGCCGCAUGGACGGGUUGUGUUUGCGAGCGCGGAUUGGGCGGAUGGGUGGAGGGGGUUUGUGGAUGGUGCGAUUGAGAGGGGACAGGCUGCUGUGGGGGAGGUCUUGAGGGUGUUGGAGGGGAGAGAGGGGAGGGCUAGGUUGUAG